AUCUCUCUACACCCACACACACACACACAUACAUAACUGACAACCAUGCCUUGUGAAUCCGUUAUGGAGUUCUCUGCAACUCAGAUCAUCUCUAAAUCAACUGUUUUUCCGGCCACAAAGUCCACCCUUUCUGAUCUGAAACUCUCGGCCUCCGACCUCCCUAUGCUUUCUUGCCACUAUAUCCAGAAGGGUAACCUCUUCCCAAGACCUUCCAUCGCCAUUACAGAUCUUCUUUUACUUCUCCAACAAGGCCUUUCUCGAGCUCUUGCUCAUUUCCCACCUCUUGCCGGUCGUCUCAUCACUGACGCCAAUGGCUACGUCUAUAUCACCUGUAACGACGCCGGAGCUCAGUUUGUUCAUGCCAGUGCAACUCAUCUUACUGUGAAUGAUGUUAUUUCCCCAACUCAUGUUCCCGAUUCUGUAAAGGGGUUUUUCUCCUUUGACAGGAUGGUGAGCUACGACGGCCAUUUUAAUCCAAUUUUGGCGGUUCAGGUGACGGAGCUCGACGAUGGUGUUUUUAUUGGAUUUUCCGUGAAUCACGCGGUGGUUGAUGGGACUUCCUUAUGGAACUUCAUUAAUACUUUCGCUGAGGUUUGUAGAGGAGCAAAUUUGAUCUCGAAACAACCGUUUUUCACCCGUGAAUCAGUGUUGAUUUCGCCGGCGGUUCUGAGAGUUCCCGCCGAUGGACUGAAAGUGACGUUUGACGAGUACGCGCCGUUGAGCGAGAGGGUUUUUAGUUUUAGCAGAGAAUCGAUUUUGAAAUUGAAAGACAGGACUAACAAUCGGAAAAAAUUCAGUUGUUACGGGAACGGAGAAAUUAACGCCGCCGAAGUAAUGGGAAAGCAGAGUAAUGAUCCUAUCAAACUCUCCGACGAGAAGGUGACGACUUUAAUCGGUAAUUGGAUAAGAAACGCCGUCGUUACAAAAACCGAACCGGCACGGGAGAUUUCUUCCUUCCAAUCGCUCUGUGCGUUGCUAUGGCGGGGAGUGACACGUGCAAGGAAGUUCCCGAAUUCGAAAACGACGACAUUUAGGAUGGCGGUGAACUGCCGGCACCGGCUGGAACCAAAGCUCGAAACUCUUUAUUUCGGCAACGCAAUUCAGAGCAUUCCAACAUACGCGACCGCCGGCGACGUGUUGUCACAUGAUCUUAAGUGGUGCGCCGAGCAGCUGAACAAAAACGUACUAUCCCACGACGAUACGAUGGUCCGUCGUGCUGUGCAUAGUUGGGAGCAGGACCCACGGUGUUUUCCGUUGGGGAACUUCGAUGGAGCGAUGCUGACGAUGGGCAGUUCGCCGAGGUUUCCAAUGUUUGAUAAUGAUUUUGGGUGGGGAAAACCCGUUGCGGUGAGGAGUGGAAGGGCGAACAAGUUUGAUGGUAAGAUAUCGGCGUUCCCUGGGAAAGAAGGUGGUGGAAGCGUGGAUUUGGAGGUGGUGCUUUCGCCGGAAACAAUGGCGGCACUUGAAUUGGACCCAGAGUUCAUGCAGUACGUUUCGGGACAAUGUUGUUGAUGUCAUGGUUGUUUGUCUGUUUGUGAAAUACUGUGGUGUUGUUGUUGUUGCUAGUUUAUCUAUAAAACGACGUCUCUUUUGUAAUUUAACUUGUGAUUAAAUAUAAUCCCUUUUAUCUUCU